CCAGCUGAAGGGGUCUGGCUAUGUUGCUGGCACUUGCUCCCGACCCUUUUCCCGCCCUCCGGCUCUCCCGCACCUUUCGCCCCUUCCCUCCCUCUCCCUCAUUCCCCUCGCUACAUUCCCCCAGGCCUCCCGCCCUGAGCACAUUCCAUGUCCGUGCCGACUUUCGACAGCCGGCCGGUGACCAACGGCAAGGUCGUGCUGGACACCACCUUUGGCGAGCUGGAGAUCGAGCUCUGGGCACGCGAGGCACCAAAGGCUGCGCGAAACUUCCUCCAACACUGCGUCGACGGUUACUAUGAUGGCUGCCUCUUUCACCGGGUGGUUCGGAACUUCAUCAUCCAGACCGGCGAUCCGACUGGAACCGGCGACGGUGGCGAGUCUAUCUACGGCAAGCCCUUCUCCCAUGAGUUUCACCACCGGCUGACCUUCAGCCAGCGUGGCAUGGUAGCCUCGGCCGCUGAGGGCCCCUUCCAGAAUGGCUCACAAUUCUUCAUCACCCUGGGCGAGGCGCCGGAGCUCAAUCGCAAGCACACCAUCUUCGGCAUGAUUGCUGGCCCGACCAUCUUCAACGCCCUGCGGAUUGGUGAGGUCAGUUGCAACGAUGAAGACGUGCCUGACGUGCCAAUCCGCAUUGUGCGGACUCGGGUUUUGGCCAAUCCCUUCGAAGACAUGGAGAUGAGCGAGUGGGCUCGGCAAGCAGCCGCCGAGCGGGAGGCCGCAGCCCGCCGUGAGGCCGAAAAAUCCAAGCGCCCAGUGGUGACCGCACGCGCGACCCGAAACAAGAAGCUCCUUUCCUUCGCCGGCGAUGACGAUGAGGAGGAGGAGGAGGCGGACCUGCCCAAGGCCGGCGCCGGCAGGCUAUUGGUCAGUCGUCACGAAUCGCUUGGCGUUGGCACGCGCGAGCCUCGGCCGACCGUGGCGGCAUCCCCUGCCACUGUUGGCAGUGCUGUUCCUGUCACGGCAACCGGGGUCGCUGCCUCUGCCCCUGCUACGGCCGCUGUCCCCGAUCCAGCUUCGGCUCCUGCUGCUGAGGGUGGCCCAGCCCCAAAGCCCACUCCCAGUGGCUUCCGCAUCGUUGAUUCCUCUGACGACGACGACGAUAGUGAUGGUGAUAAGGAGGAGGAGGAGGCUGCUGGCGACGCUAGCACAGCUGGUGCUUCCACCAACCAGCCUGCCCCCAGCGGCCGUGACAUUCUCGCCUCCAUGCAUAACGCAUACAAGGCCCAAGCCGCGACCAACCUCCUCCGGAGGCAGCGAGGCGCCAGUCGGAAGAAGGACUUUGACAGCAUGGCCCAUUUGAUGAAUUUCGAGCAGAGCAUGCUCAGUGCGAUCACCUCGGCGCGCGAGGAGGACAAACAGCCGGAUGCCGAGCGGCCGGUGCUCUGCUCACGGCACGCUCUCCGCGACUGCCUGACCUGCCACCCGGAGCUUGGCUCCCGGGAGAUCGGUGCCGACUGGUUCACAUACAAGAUUUUGCAGAAGGAGGACUCGGCGCGUGCGCGUGAGCAGCAGGCCCUUCUUUUUGGCGAGGCCGAUGAUUUGCUGGUUCUUGACCCUCUGGAUCAAACUGAUCGGGCGGAGAUUGACCGGCGUGACAGUGAAUUUGCCCAGAAGCGCGGUCGUCGUCCGGGGGCCGGUGGCGGCCCGGAUCGCAAGUGGGAAAAACUGGGCCCCGGGAAUGAUGACCCGGAGCCAGACCCACUGGACUCUCCCUCGUGGGAUGGCCCGCCGGACGGUCGUGAAGGUGGUCGAUCUUCGCGGGUCUCUGGCCGGGGGCGCGGCCGCGAUUCGAGUCGCGAGUAUGACCGCAGCCGCGACCAUGAUCGUGGUCGUGGCCGCGAUCGCAGUCGCAGUCGCGAGCGCGACCGGGGGCGUGACCGUCGGCAAGAUGACCGUGGCCACGGUCACAGCCACAAUCCUCGGCGGCGAGAUUACAACGAUCGCGACCACCGCGACCACCGCGACCACCGCGACCAUCGCGACCGCCGAGGUGGCGGCUAUUCGCGUGGCCGGAGCCGGAGCCCCCCCUCUGGCGGGCGCCGAUGAAAAGACCAACCCAAGGCCCCUCUGUGUAUGGCCCUGCCUCCUAAACAUGCCGCUCUCAGUGUGA